GUCACGUCUGAAACCAAUAGAAUAGUUCCGGACUGUCUGAAACUACAGAUCACAUGAUAUCAGAUGGUCCGGAACUAUUGGUUUCGGACACGACCAUGAAAUCAGAUGCUCAAGAACGUGGCACUAGAUUUCGAAAUUCUGACCGUGAAAGUUCCCAUGUAUAGCGGAGCGAAAGACAAACGGCAUGGGCGCUCAUGGGCGUCGGUUAGAACGAGUUGGCAAUGCUUCAACCCGGGAGCAAAUAUCAGAGGUUGGGACACCAAGAAAUUGCCGAAUUUCUUUCUUACCCAAGGCGAUAUGUUGAGGCCGGACGGCGGUGAAAAUCGUGGAUACAUAUACUUGUCGCUUGCGAAUGGCGUUACAUGUAUACCACGUAAUAAAGCCCUCGAAGCAUGCCUUCUAGUCCAACUAUACCGCUGGUUCGCAUUGUCGCACUCCUCCAUGAUGAUGAUCAUCCUGUGUCACAGAUUGUUAAAGUCGGUAUUUACUAUAUUAUGCCGUGAUUUGGAAAGUGAUGUCGAAUCGACCUUGGACCCUCGUCUCUCCAUUCUUUUUACCAUAAUUCGGCUUUCCAUUGGUCGGAUGAGACGGAUACUCACCAUCGUCUCGUUUCUUUUCUUCCUGCCGUGGAUUGUUCUCUCUGCUCAGGUCUGGUGUGUUUGUGAGAGUAAGCCGGGAUGGAAGGAUGCGAAGCUUCCACAACUCCCGAUAACAUGUAUCAGUCGACGAUGUUUGGACUUUCAUCCUCCUCCAUUCCCCAGGAGGAAUGAAGUUGUACCAUAA